AUGGAAACUAAACGGCUGAAGAGAAGCCAUGCCACAUACCCUUCCCUUGCUGUUGAUGACACUGACAAAGAUCUGGACCGCCGCCCAGAGGCAGAGAAGAGGGAGUGGGGGCACCGGGUUAUAGAACGGACGACUUCGAUGGAGUGGGGAACUAGUGAUAGGGCAUCGUUAAGGGCCGAGCUAGAGCCGAUGACCACAGGGGACAACGAGAGACUCCUCCGGACGCAUCAUCGAUCCCUGUCGAAAGCCUCCAUCGUAUACAUUGUCACUUCGCCCUUCGGUAGACGCAUUUGGGUGACAUCAUGCAAUGCCCCCGACAUUACAGUAGGCGGGCUGGACAUCCAUAUCCUCCCCAUAGGGUAUCCACUGAAGAACCGUCUUAUACCGACCCAAGCAACAUCAUUCGUACUAGCGCAAAGCUUAGUGCAGGGACAAAUCAACCCACGCAAGUUUCUGACAGAGCAAGACCUAGAGUCGUUGCGGAUACUGUUCCCGAAUGCAAUCGGGGCCCAGCUACUGAUUUCAGGCUUCCUGCGGAUUUUGUUCGAUAGCGUCGCAGCCGUGGAGCGGACCAACAACCUAGGCUACCCGAGUAUGGUGGGCGAGCUUGUCGUUCUUUUAGAUACGGCAAAGUUUAGUGCAACAGCACAGAAUUUGAAUUCGGGUGCAGCGGUCUCAGAUGCAGAGGCAAAAUCAGUCGGGUGUCUGGGUUUGAAAUUAAAAUUGCCAGGAGGAAAGAUGGUUUUAACGACGGUGACCCACGCUUAUGUGCACAAUCCUGCGUUGCCGGUGGUUCUUAUGCGUGUUGCAGAUUGGGUGAUUCGGGCAAAGAACGCAAUCUGUCGUUUCCGAAAUCCUUCCUUGGACCGGGAUUCUCGCGCGUUCGGUGUAUCAGACCAAAGCCUAUCCAACAAUCCGACUGGCAAAGAUAUUUUUCUCUUCAAAACGAAGAAAAAGGUCGGGACAAUUACUCACUGCUUCGACAAUCCGAGCCCUAUACUCCCGUAUCCGGUCGGGUACCGACAUGACCUCUCUUUAAUCGAAGGCGAAGCUCUAUCUGAAGUGGUGAGCCCUCCCGGGUAUCCGGUCAUCUCCGCAUGGGCCCGGUACGAAAACGUCCUCGCAGGGGUGCCGUUGUAUGCUGUGGCCCUAAAUGCCCAAACACAAAACUGGAGGGUAGUGGAAGGGACAAAGGUUACCCCUGCAUUGGCGAAUGCGCUCCUAUUAGGAACUGAGUAUAUUUGGGAUCGUGAGGCGAGUGAUCAGGCUGUUGCGAUGCUAUGGCGAUCUAAGGAGGAUGUGGACAGUGCGAGAGGCUACUCUGGCUCGGUGCUGUGUACCGGCACUCCGACAGAUCAGCAUGGCGAAGCUGUCGUUUUUCAAAACUAUGAAACCGGUCUAAGAAUUUUGGAUGGUUCUUUGUUCGCAAUAAUAAAAGCCGGUUUUCUGUUACCUAGGGAGAUCCGUGAGUCGAUCAUUGUGGUCCCUGAACAGAAAGAACCAAUUAGUUACAACACUGUGUGUGGCAAGGGGAGCGUCGUACAAGCAGAAAGACGAUUUCCAUCAGGUAUUUGA